UCUAACAAAUUAUUUUAUAGAUUUUUUGUAUGUCAAUAAGCAUCCAAUGGUGAGAUUUUGGUGCAAAUGUUUCAUUCCAAUAUGUGGAAUACAGUUAGUUGUCUAUAUGGAUGUAGUGUAUAAUGUAAUUUUAGAAUUGGAUGACUUGCACCAACCAGAUUACAUUACCGUUCAUCAUGGAUCAUUUAUGGAUAAAGGACGUUAUAGAAAUUUCAGUAGCAAGAUAGAAUAUAUCGAUACAAUCCUUUAUAAGGGUAGGACAGUGAAAAUAGUGCCGUUUAUAGGGAAAAAACUGGCCGCUGUUUUUGUACAACACUAUAUAAAUGAUAAUGUUAAUAUAAUUGUAAUAACAAAACUGCUGAAAUGUCAUACCAUGGGCUACAGAUCUUCAUACAAGGAUUUAAAUACUAUGAGUCCAUAUAAUACCAGCAGAAAAACAAAACAAGAAGUUGUGGGUCCUGUAUUUUUAUAUCUAGAUGCCAACGAUGAAAACAUACAUCCUCUUAUAUUGACAUAUUUUGAUAACAGCCAACCUACAGUUAGAAAAUGGUAUAUACUGCCACAAACACGCAAGAAAUUAUCUUCCGAUAUUCUGCAUCAUUUAAGACGUGUUCAUGAUACGUUGUAUAUAUCGCCUUUUGUAGGUAUAGAACCAUCAUCUGAUGAAUAUGAAACGAAACUUGCAUCCAUUUAUUCACUUGCUGACGCAAUCAAAUGGGUGCCUGGAAGUCCCGAAAUCAGCAUUACGAUUAUAAGCGGUAAAACUGAACGCGAGCACUUCAUUACUAUUCCAAGUAUUGAAGGUGAUUUAUUCAAACCAAAAGGAAUUAUGCCAUACGCAGAAAGCGCUGUUAGAAUCAUGGAUUUUCAUACUUACAGUGGAGGCUACACAAUAAACAUUGAUGUGGGCAGCUUUGAAGUCAACUCUCGGCUCAUGAUCAUAGUGGCGAAUCUAAAGAGGGGAAAUUGGUGGUACAGCCAAUAUUGUUUAGCAAAUGAAGCGUUUUCAAUCUAUAAAAAAAUAAAUGUAGUGGAUCUUCAAAAUGAUGUUGCAAUAUAUGAAUGCGUUUCAGGCGAAGUAAUUACGCAUGUUGAAGUAUUCGAAAAUAGAGUCGACCAUAACAUAUUCAUCUUACUUAAUAUCAAAAAGACGACAACGUCUUACACAUAUGUGGAUAUCCAAAAGGUUUAUAUGAAAGAAAUUACUGCAGGGGGCGUAAUAUAUUAUGAUAUUAAUUUACCGGGUAUAGAACCAUUCAUUACUAUGUUACAUAACAUCAAUGUAGAAGCACCCGGUUAAAAUUAAAAUAAAUUUAGCAUGCUUUCUUUGUAAGAAGAUUGAUCAGCACAGGUGUAG